GCGGGGCCGCGGCUGCUGCUGCUGCUGCUGCUCGCCGGGCGCCCGCCCGCGGCGGCCGGCGCCGGCGGGACGAGCGAGGGCAGGCUGGUGUCCGAGCAGUUCCUGCAGACCCCACAGAAGCUGUCCCCCUACAGCUGGUACGGCAGUGCCCGGCUCUUCCGCUUCCGCGUGCCCCCUGACACUGUGCUGCUGCGCUGGCUGCUGGGGGUGUCCCGGGCUGGCAGCGCUGCCUGCACCCCAGCGGAGGUGACCGUGCACUUCCGCUACGGUGCUCCUCCGGUCAUCAACCCGCUGGGCACCAGCUUUCCCCCCAACACCUCCGUGCGGCCCUCCUUCUCUGUGACGAUGCUGCACAGCAACACUUCGGUCAACCUCUCCCACCCCGCGCCCGGGGACUGGUUUCUGGCCGCCCACCUGCCCCCCGCGUCCCAGAGGAUUGAGGUGCAGGGCUUCAUCCCCGCCUGCGCCUACGUCUUCCAGCCGGACAUGCUGCUGCUGCGGGUGCUGGAGGUGUCCAUCCUGGAGCCUGGCGUGCCCCUCCCGCAGAUGCUCCUCUCCCAGCCCAGCUACCUCAAGGUCUUCGUCCCCAAGCACACUCAGCGGCUGCGCCUGGAGCUGCAGGGCUGCGCCUCCAACGGGAGCCAGGACUGCCCUGUGCGCCUGACCGUGGGCUCGGCCGCCCUGCCCGAAAACCUCCAGAAGGUGCUCGUGUGCGCCGGCCCCACCCGCGCCUGCGGCCUUCUGCUGCCCUCGCCGCCAUGGGACCACUGGCUGCAGGUGGCCGUCCGGAGCCUGGCGGUGCCCCCGGCCGCAGUGGCCUUCAGUGUGGUGGCUACCCUCACAGCUUGCAGGCCAGAGAGUGUCCAGCUGGCCCCGCCUGGCGGCCUGAACCAGAGCGGCCAAGGCCCUGAGGACCAGCUGCCCCCAGGCCCCGGACCCCACGGUGAUCCCUGCUUCCUCGGCCUUCCGGCCACGAGGGAGGACGUGGAUGUCCUGUCCGUGCGUUUCCGGCCCCUGGAUGGCCUCUUGGUGCCGGCACGGCCGGGAGUGCCCACCGUGGUACGGCUGCCCCUCAGCUCGGGCAUGGACAGCGGGGGCUCCCUUAGCGUCUCCUUGUGGGCCAACAAGAGCGCCAUGGCCGACGACAGCUGGGUGGCAGCCUGCCUGAGCCCAGCCUCGCCCUUCCUUAGCUUCAACACCUCGCACAGCUGCACCACAGCCUUCUCCCAGGGCUAUGCCCUGUCCCUGAACGCCUCGGCUCUCAAGGCCACGUUGGUCAUCCCCUACCCUGAGACAGACGACUGGUACCUGUCCCUGCAGCUCAUGUGUUCCCCAGGCCCCGGGGGCUGUGAGCAGGCCAAGGUUCCCGUGGAGGCUGCCUCGCAUCUGGCCCCCUGCCUGGACGACUGCGGGCCCUACGGCCAGUGCCUCCUGCUGCGCAGACAUGGCUUCCUGUACGCGGGCUGCAGCUGCAAGGCAGGCUGGCGCGGCUGGAGCUGUACAGACAACAGCACGGCCCAGACAGUGGCCCAGCAGAGGGUGGCCACGCUGCUUCUCACCCUCAGCAACCUGGGCUUCCUGGCACCCAUCGCUGUGUCCGCACAGCGCGCCUUCCUGGUGGAGGCCUCCGUCUACACCUAUACCAUGUUCUUCUCCACGUUCUACCACGCCUGCGACCAGCCAGGGGAGGCGGUGCUGUGCAUCCUCAGCUACGACACCCUGCAGUACUGUGACUUUCUGGGUUCCGGAGUGUCUAUCUGGGUCACCAUCCUGUGCAUGGCGCGGCUGAAGGCUGCCCUGAAAUACGUCCUCUUUCUCCUGGGCACGCUGGUCUUUGCCAUGUCCUUGCAGCUGGACCGCAGGGGCGCCUGGAACACGCUGGGACCAUGCCUCUUUGCCUUGGCGGUCAUGGUUGCCAUGUGGGUGUACCGCUGUGGGCACCGGCACCGCUGUUACCCCACCUCCUGGCAGCGGUGGGUCUUCUACCUCCUGCCUGGCAUUUCCAUGGCUGCCGUGGCCGUCGCUAUCUACGCCGCCAUGAUGACCAGCGACAACUAUUACUACACCCACAGCAUCUGGCAUGUACUGCUGGCGGGGAGCACGGUGUGCCUGCUGCCACCACGCGACCAGCACGCCGAGCCCUGGGCCUGCACCCGCAGGCUCGCCUGCCACUACCAGAUCUGCAGGAACCACCGGGAGGAGCUGUACACAGUGACGUGACCCGCCCGGAGCCCGCGGCCUCUGAGGGCCUCUCCUGCCGGGCAGACCAA